CAUCGGCACAUCGUCACAUCGUCAUCGCUCCUACUGCAAACUGUGACGUCCUCGCUUAUACAGCUCAUUCGAGACGUGCCAGGAUACGGGUUGAUUUAUUUGACGUUUUGAUUACUUACAAACGCCCAAUCUGUACGUAGUCUCGCGAUUCCCAGUUAUACAAUAAUUCUCAUCUGACAUAGGCACAGCAUUGGUGCGAUUGAGUGACAAAUGAGUGUAAACGUGCAUUGAGAAGGAUCCCCAACUAUAACAUCAAGAUAUCCAGGUGGAAACAACACUUUCUGUUUUGCCCACGUGUUCCUAUUAUCUGGGUAUUGCAGUGUAAAGCAGACAGCAGGGAUUAGCGAGAUGGAAUAUCCGAGUUUCUAGUCAACAGUUCGAGAAUCGAAAUUCCAAACUUGCCCAACCAUGCCUAGCGAGAAAGAACUCCAACUUGAGACUCUUCAGGCUCUUUCGCCAUUGGACAAAAACGGCCGCGACGUCGUGUCGGAAGCGUCGCGGAAACUCUUUAUGAACUUUGUGAAGACGGAACCGUGCGUCCACGGAGUGUUUUUCAAGGAAACCGAAGAAGAUCCGGAAAAGAAGCAUAUAGGAAGAAGAGUGUUCAACUGGCCGAAGUUCGCCACGGCGUUCGUCGCCAGCGCGCUCAUAAAGAUGAAGGACGCUUACAAAUUCCACUCCAUGCUAAAAAAGGACAAAAUUGAAGAGGAUUUAAGGGCGAUGUACGAAGGUUUACCGUGGAAAAAAAUUGGUUUCCAGAUCUACACGCAUUUAUAUCCAACAGUCGUCAUGGACGAAACAAAGCAAGUUUGCCUGGAAGAUUAUAUUGAAGAUGGAGGUCAUGAGUGGGCAGAGCGCCUGAUGGCGGACAUAACGAGUCCUGAUUGGAUGAAAAAGACGAUGCGCCGACUAAUCAAAGGCCACUAUUCUGACGAGGAGUACAACAGAGACAUGAACGUGCUGUUUGUGAAGCUUCACCUCCUAGACCCUCAGUCAGUCAUCCCGGCUUAUCAGUACCUGCUCAGUUGCCGAGCACUGCCUGCGGUUAACUUGGAGCUGGCCACACGGAACUACCUAGGCGGACCUUUUGAGUGGAAGUCCGUCCGCAAGGAGAUAGAGUCCGCAGUGAACUGCCCGUCUCUGCCAAUGAACGUGUCGCGACUGAGUUUGGACGACCUGGAGAUUUACUACGGUGUCCAAGUGGACGAGUUUAUCGUGACGGAGUGCCGGAACCACGGAUUCUGGACGGGAGAAAGACCGGACAACCGGAGGACUUCCAAAUUCAAAGACCGCUGUCAGCUCAUGUAGCGGUUUUGUGCGCAGUGCUCCGUGGAAUAUUUUCAGCAAUUUCAUUUUCUGCGAAUUGCGAAUUGAUUAAGAUUAAGAUCUGAUGUAUGUCCAGCAUCACCAUCAUUCCCAUGCUGCAUGACAAAAUUAGUCAUCCAAUGAGGUUUUGUGUAAAUAUAUCAUCCAUUCUCUGACUAACCUAGAGUAAACACUAUGCACGAGAUAAGAUGAGUUCGCGACACCACAAGUGCCAGAUGCCAUUAUUACCUUAGCGUUGGGAUUAACUCAAUUGCAGUUUAAUCUUCAAUGGAAAUGAAUCUUUCAUGACAUAUAGCCGUCGUAUGCAUACAUAAAACAGGGAUGUUUCCUUUUUAGAUUAUUUUACUGGUGCCAAACCUCUUUCCACAUCUAUAAAGACACCACAGAAAAUCAACUCACGGUAGGACUACUUGGAUAGUUUUUUCACUGUAAACCUCUGAACAUCUUCUCCAUACUUAAUGACAGUUUUUUGGUUGAACUCAAGAAUCAAAAGAUAUAUUCACGUGUUCAGACUCAAGGGCUUGAAAGUUUUUACCCCCCAAAAAUGCGUCAAACAAAUCGCACACAGUGGUCACACAUGGGUGGUUGCAUUCGUACAGUCGAUUAAACCAGAAACCUUAAAGGAUACUUAUAACGCUUGGUGCUUAGUUCUUACAUUUCUUAAUAAAAGCACAAAAAGCUUUCCAUCUUCUUACUU